AUGGCGGACGAAAAAUCUCACACUACCACUACGGCUGCAGCAGACGCUUCUAUGAACAAGAUGAAGAUCGAGCAGGUUGAACAACAACAGGUCGUCUAUGAUGACCUCAAAAGAGAAGGAGAGAAGAAUAGAGAUUAUGCCGGUGCGGCUGCGAAGACCGAUCCUGCUGAGAUCGCGCUGGUGAGGAAGUUGGAUGCCAGGAUCUUGCCUACGCUCUUUGUUAUGUAUUUCCUCAACUAUGUCGACAGAAACGCAAUCGCCCAAGCCCGCCUCAACGGCCUCGAGGAAGACCUCAACAUGGACCCCAAAUCCAGCCAGUUUAACACCACCGUCUCCAUCCUCUUUGUCGGCUACGUCCUCAUGCAGGUCCCCAGCAACAUGCUCAUCACAAAGCUCCGCCCCUCCCUCUACAUGAGUGCCUGGAUGGCCGUCUGGGCUGUUGUGUCAGCUUGCACGGCUCUCGUGCAGAAUUAUGCUGGUUUGGUGGUCUGUAGAUUCCUCUUGGGUAUUACGGAGGCGCCGUUCUAUCCUGGCGCCACGUACAUGCUUUCCAUUUUCUAUACGCGCAAGGAGAUUGCGUCGGGGAUUGCGUGUCUGUAUCUUGCUCAGAUUACGGCGACUGGGUUUUCGUCGCUUAUUGCCGCGGGUGUGUUUGAGGGAUUGGAUGGUGUGAGAGGAUUGGCGGGCUGGAGAUGGCUCUUCAUCCUCGAGGGAGUAAUCACGUUCGCUGUUGCACUCGCUGGAUUCGUCCUCCUCCCUGAUACACCCAGCACGACCCGCUGGCUCAAACCAGAAGAACGAGAACUCGCUCACAGCAGAAUGGUCCGUGAUAACAUCAACCACAGCGAUGAGAUCGUACCUGCUAUGGAGGGACUGAAGCAAGCUUGCAAGGACUACAAGACUUGGAUCUUCGUUCUCAUGCAAUGCUUCCAUCUCUCUGCUUGCUCCUUCAACAGUUUCUUCCCAACCGUCGUCAAAACCCUCGGCUUCAGCACAACCAUCACCCUCGUCAUGACCUGCCCUCCCUUCCUCCUCGCCGGCGCAGGAGGCCUCGCAAUGGGCUGGUCAUCCGGAAAACUGCACGAGCGGACCUGGCAUAUCACAGCCGGUCUCGCCCUCGCAGUCGUCGGGUUCGCCAUCGCGGCAGGAACGCUGAAUACCGCCGGCAGAUAUACGGCCUGCUUCAUCUUCCCGCUGGGUGCCUACUCGGUCAACUCGGUUAUUAUUGGCUGGGCGUCGUCGACGCUGUCGCAGACCAAGGAGAAAAAGGCUGUCGUUCUCGCGAUGACGAAUGUAGGCGGUCAAAUUGGAUAUAUCUAUGGUGCCUAUCUCUGGCCCGGAAGUGAUUCUCCCAGAUACGUCACCGGAUUCAGCGCGUCUGCUGCGUUUGCUCUCGGUUCGAUCGCUUGUGCUUGGUGGAUGAAGGUCUGCUUGAAGAGGGAGAAUAAGAAGAUCAUGUCUUCGGCUGUGGAUGAGGGUAUCAACUUGUAUGCCUAUUGA